UCACUGCAAGCAUUCAGUGGGCAGCUCUUGGUGCUGAACUACCAGAUCCUGCGUGGAAAUUACAGCCAGUGGUGCUGAAGGAAAGCAGGACACCAAGAAGGACUUUGUCGCCGACCAAGCCAUGAUUACUGGAGCUUGCUGGAAAUGUUUGCUCCUCUCUUUCUUUUUCCUAAGAGGAUCUGCGCAGAAUUUUGCACAGACGAGGUUUAUCUGCACCUCAGUGCCUGUAGACGUGGACAUGUGCACUUCUUCAAUGCAGAACAGUGGUCCCACGGAAGACUUGAAGACCACCAUACUCCAGUUGCGAGAGACGGUUCUCCAGCAGAAAGAGACGAUUAUGAAUCAAAAAGACACAAUUAGGGAACUGACCGGCAAACUGUCCAGGUGUGAGGGUCACACUCAUCUAGAGGUUCCUUCCAAUGAACCAAAACUUGGAACCCCUGGCUCAAAGAAAAAAGAGACUUCCAAAAACACAAUGGGAGAUUUAUCCAGGACCCCCACAGCUGAGACCCUCACCCAGCUUGGCCAAACUCUGCAAUCAUUAAAGACUAGGCUGGAGAACUUAGAGAUGUACAGCAGAGGUAAUUCAUCCACCCAAGCCAGCAGUCUCAAAGACUUGCUGCAAAGCAAGAUAGAUGACUUGGAGAAGCAAGUUCUGUCCAGAGUGAACACCUUGGAAGAAGGGAAGGUAAACCUUAAGAAUGAAACCGAACAGAGAGGCAAGAUUGAGAGCACACUCACUUCCCUCCAUCAGAGAAUUACAGACUUGGAAAAAGGUCAAAAAGAGAACAGACCGGCUGAUAAAUUCCAGCUCACCUUCCCCCUGAGGACCAACUACAUGUAUGCCAAGGUUAAGAAAAGCCUGCCUGAGAUGUAUGCCUUCACGGUGUGCAUGUGGCUGAAAUCCAACGCCUCACCAGGUGUGGGCACCCCAUUCUCAUACGCAGUCCCAGGCCAGGCCAACGAGCUGGUGCUGAUUGAGUGGGGCAAUAACCCAAUGGAAAUUCUCAUCAAUGACAAGGUUGCCAAGUUGCCCUUUGUCAUCAAUGAUGGGAAGUGGCAUCAUAUAUGCAUUUCGUGGACAACCAGGGAUGGUGUUUGGGAAGCUUACCAGGACGGAAUGCUGAGAGGCAACGGUGAAAAUCUAGCUCCGUAUCAUCCAAUUAAGCAUCAGGGUGUCCUGGUGCUGGGCCAAGAACAGGAUACACUUGGAGGCGGAUUUGAUGCCACACAAGCUUUUGUUGGGGAACUGGCGCAUUUCAACAUUUGGGACCGGAAGCUGACGGUCGGAGAGGUCUAUAACCUAGCGACUUGCAGGAACAAGGCUCUAACCGGUAACGUCAUUAGCUGGGCAGAGAGCAACAUAGAGAUCUUUGGUGGAGCCACCAAAUGGACAUUCGAUGCAUGUCGUCAGAUCAACUGACAGGGAUUGGAUUUCAUUUUUUUUCUUUCAUUUUUAUUCAAGACGUCAUUAGUCUCAUUCUGCACCCUGCCUUCCCGAUGAAGGUUCAUCAAGAACAAGGUUGUCUAAUUUUUUACUCUGCAAAAACAAAAACAAAAAAAUAAAAAUCAAAAAACGUCACAAAAAAAAGAAGCAAAAAAUAUAUAAAAAAAAGACUAUUCAGCUAAGCCACUUCUUUUAUCAUAAAGAAUCCACCUCUCAUGUCUUACAUUUGGCAUGAGAGUUUUCAGGGUUAAUUGGAAAGGCACAAGGGCAUUUAAAGGAGAGCAGGGAAUCAGUAAAGAUGAUUUUUUUUUAGGGAGAGAUUUCACUUUUUUUGUAUUGAUGGAGAUGUUUCUGAGGUUUGAUUUUCGUAUUGCCAACUUAGUUUAACCUCUUAGCUGCUGGGGGAGAGGGGGUCUACCAGGCUUUCACAAGCACUGGAUUACAAGUGCCUCCAGCAGGGAUGGGGUUAAUCCUGAGUGCCUUGAGCUGAUGCAAAUACUGAGCACAUUUCGUCUUCAUUUUGCAUACCUUUAGAUGACUCUUUAUCUUCUCGCAUACAAUAAAUCUGUUAUGCUGUUUGUUAGAGGCACUUUCUGUCUUUUUGCCAGCUCUGUUUAUUUAUUUAGUUAUUUUUUUCCUUCCGGCUGUCUGUGAAUGAUGUCAUCAAGAACAACUUUUUUUAUGCGUGAGCCUCACAGAUUCUGGGGUCUUGUGAGGUUUCUUAGAUAUCUCCAGCAGAUGCUUCAAGCAUGGCAGACAAUUCACAGUGUCCUUCUUCAGGAUGGAGGACUCGGGCACGGUAGCAAAUAUUUUUGUGAUUCUAGGUGUUUUUUUUGGUUUUUUUUUUUAAUUCUAUAUAGUUUAUUUAUUUUAGUGUAAAUAAUUUCUUUGUAGCUUAUGAAAAUGUUGCCACAUCUGCAUGAUAGAAAAGCCUUGAUACUUUUUAUCAUAAUUCAUUUUCAGAAAUAAAAUAAUGGUCCCCUUUGCAUUUAAUUUAAAUAAUACUGUCCAAAAUGAUAUAUUUAAUUUGAUUAUAUUUAUAUAUAUGUGUGUAUGUAUAUAUAUAUAUAUAUAUAUAUCCCAGCCCAGUAUUGUUGUAAUAUUAAGAAUAUUAGUUUGUCAAAAUGCAAUUUUAUGCUUAUUUAUAUAAAAAAACACAAAUACAAAAUAUUUCAACUUUUUUGCAUUCUACGAGCUAAUACAAGGUGGCUAUUAUCUUUUUAAGGUUUUUGUAUUAGUCGACUUGCACUAUUGCCAUAGUUUCUAUAAAACCUAUCCAAAUUCAAUAGUUGCGCUAGGUUGUUGGCACCCACCAUAAUUUAUUGGAACCCCCUUAACUUGUAAGCCUUUAACGUUCCGUAGGAAGCUGCAGCUUGGCAGCGGACGGGGAGCUGUCCCUUCAGCACCACACUCUACGUUCAAAGUAGCCAUGGACAAUCCUUAAACGAUGUCAAAAUCUAUUUCUCCUUCUUCUUAUCCCUCUUGCACUGGAUUCAAUACGCCUCUCUCAGGUAAAUGCCAUUUCUGAUGGAUGCUGUUAUUAGAAAAAUAGUAACAUUUAUGCCUAACUACUGUGUAAAGCCCCCAGCAGACAUAUUUAAAGUUUUAAUGCCAUCGCUGAAGGGGGUGACAUCAUAAUCAUUACCUCUGGUGAGCAGUUGCUUUAAGAACCCAAAAGCCUUUUCCACCCUUUUGAUACCUUGAGUGUUCUGUAUCAGCAUUGUAGAAGGAAAUUUAUUAAAUAUGAUGUUAUUUUGUAAUACAAUUAAGAAAUAUACAUUUUAAAGCGGGCUACCCUCCCUCAAAUGAUUGCAAAAAAAAUAAAUAAUAAUAAUAAAUAGAAAAAAAUUAAGAAAUAUAGAAAAAAAUCACUUAUUUUCACAGUAAAAAUGAUUUUUUUUGUAUAAAUAUGGUUUAUUUGGUCUCUAAUGAGAUGGACUGCAGUGAUCAACCAAAGGCCUGGUGAACAUUUGAAAUGGGGGAAUUUUUUUGACCUGGAAGAUCCAGAGAGCUGAAAGGACGGAAGUUGACCACAAGCAGAGGCUAUGCGGUAGGCUUUCGAUUCCACAGAUCUUUGAUCUCAAUCAUUUUUCGAGGCUAUUUUCGCAUUUAAAUAUUUAAAUGUACUGUUCCAUCGCUGUCCUAUAAAACAAAAAACAGGACAGGUAGCCUGAAGGAUAUCCAAGCACAGCAUGGUUGAUGGCUCCAGUUCGUCAACCCAACAAGUGGUCAAUUGGAUGUUGCUCUGGUGAACUUAUAUUGCUAUCAGCUGCAGAACAACAAUACCACCAUUUGCUUACCAAAGCUGUAAAUGCCCCCCCCUAUCAUCUUGCUGCCCUUGCUCCCCCCCCCCUCUCUGGAUUUUAUGCUGGUAACCCUUUGUGUGCCAAUGGCAUCCUACAAGAAAUCACCAGUAGGUGCUCAAGGGGUCAGAAAGCACAGAUUAACAACCUAUAUUUAGUCUUUUCUUGUUUCACAUUGUUAUUCAUGCUUUCUUUGUUGGUUUUACUGCUGAAAUUAAUUGUUGACUUUAUUUUUACACAAUAAAAAAAGAGAACGAGCAA